AAAAACCCCAUAAAAAAGAACUGAAAAUACCCAAAAAUAAAAUAAAAACCACUAUAAAAAGGGAGGAGAACUGAAGGAAUUUUCAAGAGUUUGGCAUUUUGUCAACCCGUAAAGGGUCCCCCUCCGAAAAAAGAGUGGAAGAAAGAGGGAGAGAGAGCCGCACAAGUGGCUGCAACAAAAGGGCUACCUACCACCGAACGAACCUCGACCACGCGACCCCUCUGGAAAACGAAAAACUCAGGCCGGAAAACGCUUGUUUCGACACGUGAGAGGAACAGAACGGCAGAGAGUGUGGCUGCAGCGGCAGCAGCAGGAGGAGGCGGUGCACACAGAGAGGCCAAACCGAGGCUAGUGACAAGAAACAACAACAAAACAAACAGCUCUAUGCCGGCACCAAGAUGAGACUCAGCCGAACAACAGCAACGACAGCCACAACGACGACAACGACGCCCCUGCUGCUGCUGCUUCUGUGGGUGGUUCAGGCAGCGGCACAAUGUCCCUGGCAGAGGGAUGUGCCCGACCUGCAGACCAGCUGCAUAUGUGCCUACAAUCUGGGCAGAGAACUCAGCGUGCAGUGUGACCAGGUGAACUUUGAGGACCUGCUGGAGGCCAUGAACACCUAUGCCCGACUGAAGCCCGUGGAUCUGUUGUACGUGAACAACUCCUCGAUAGCCGAGCUGCCGGAUGCGAUCUUCAGCAACCUGAGCCUGCACAAUGUGCAGCUCUCCAGCUGCGGCAUCAAGCGGAUAGCGGAGGGUGCCUUCCAGGGCCAGGAGGCUGUGCUGCGGAAUCUCAACCUGCAGGACAAUCUGCUGGGCGAUGUGCCCGUGAAGGCGCUGCAGCUGCUGGGCAAGCUGAAUCUGCUGGAUCUGUCCAAGAAUCAGCUCACCCACAUACCAGACGAUGCCUUCAAUGGGUUGAGCAAGCUCUCGACCCUCAAGCUGAACGACAACAAUGUGACGCUCUCGGCAUCUGCCUUCCGCGGCCUCGAGCAGAGUCUGAAGAACCUCAACCUGAAGGGCACCAAGCAGCGGCGUGUGCCCGAGUGCAUUCGGGGCCUCAAGAGCCUGGCCUUCCUCGAUCUCUCGCAGAACGGCAUCAAGGAGCUGCCUGGCGCGGGCGGCAUCCGUGUGUUCGAUGGCCUGGACGCUCUGACCGCCUUGAAUCUGGAGCGUAAUCUCAUUCAGAGCAUUGGCGAGACGGCCUUUGCGGGUGUGCGCAAAACCCUCAGCUCCCUGAGUUUGCUCAACAAUCUGCUGGCCGAGUUCCCCAUCGGUGCGGUGCACUCGCUGAAGGAGCUGCGCGUCCUGGACAUUGGCUUCAAUCUGCUGACCAGCCUGCCGGAGGCCGCCUUCCGUGGCAACCCGGGCAUCACCCUGCUCGCCCUCGAUGGCAAUCCACUGAGCACCGUGCCCGAGGGCGCCUUCGCUCACCUGAACGCCACGCUGCGCGGCCUCUCGCUGGGGGGUCGAUUCCUGCACUGCGACUGCAAGCUGCGCUGGGUGGCCGAGUGGAUACGCAACGGGGACCUGCAGGUCACUUCACGUGAGCGCAAUCCACAGUUCUGUGGCACUCCACCGCGUUUCCGGGACCGUGGCUUCUACUCCAUACAGCCCGAAGAGCUGAGCUGUCCGGACAUUGCCGAUGCGGCGCUACGUGGUCCAGUUGGUCUGGCCGAUAACCUGAAGCCAACAUUGGCCUCCUCCUCCUCACCCGAUUCGGUGGAGUAUGAAACGGGCACGGGCACUGGCACCGGCACGGCUGCCUCUGCGCCAGUGGCCAGCAGUGUGGGCAGCUCCACCACAAACCCAACCCCCACGACAACGACAAAGACAACAACCACAACAACAACCACAGAGGAGCCCACAACGAAAGGUUCGAGCACGACGCGUCUUCCGGCCAAGACAACUGCGAAUGUUUCAGCCACGACUGCCUUGCCGACGGCGGCCACAAACCUCUCCGCAAAUGGCACAGGAACCGUCCAGGCCACCACCAUCACCACAAGCAGUUCAUCCUCGUCCUCGUCCUCGUCCUCGUCGAGUGUCCAUGGCAACAGCAAACAGGCGCCGGGCUGGCGUCAGGGCGUGAACAACAAUGGGGGACCGCACAAGCCGCAGCGGCCACCGCUGGUGCUGGGCUAUCCGCCGCAGCGGGGCACACGGAUCGACGAUGCCAAUGAGGUGCAGGUGAAGCACGCCUUCCGGCAGGACAGCUCCGUGAUCAUCCAGUGGGACUCGGACACCGCCAACAUCCUCGGAUUCCGCGUGGUCUAUCGCCUGUUUGGGGAGAAGGCCUUCAAGCAGGGCCCCCCGCUGGAGGCCAGCGAGCGGGAGUUCAAGAUCAAGAACGUGCCCGCCCAGGAGUGCAUCAUUGUGUGCGUCAUCUCGCUGGAGGAGCUGCACGUGACCCCAGAGACGGUGCCGUACCAGCAGUGCCGCGAGGUGCGCACCGUGGCCUCGCAGGCCUCCAACAUGGACAAGAUAACGAUUGCGGCCAGUGCGGCCAUUUGCGGCACCAUCAUUGUGGCCGUGAUUGUGUUCAUCGCUGCCAGCAGACGCUCCCGCAAGCUUCAGAACAGCCAACAGAAGAGUCCACUGCCAAUUGGAGGUCUGCCUGUUAAUUGUUGCGGUCCAACCGGUUCACCGGGGCCACUUGGCUCCAUUGCAACGCUAUCGGCAUUUAACAAUCACAAGCAGGAAUGGGAUCAAGUGUCCGCCUACAGCGGACGCUCCAUACCGCGUCCGCGCAUCUAUCCCGUGGAGCAGCCCGAUGAUAUGCGCAGCCACUUUUCCGGCAUGCCUGGGAAAGUGGGCAAAUCAAGUCGUUCCAUUGCCGAUGGCCAGUCGCAGCACAGCUUCUCGAACAAUUCGCAUCGCGGCUAUUUGGGCAGCGCCUUCCCCUCGAAUCUGGUCAACUCGCGUCCAGAGCUGCGGCAGUCCCGCCAGUCCCUGGCCGCUGCCUCGGAGCGCAUGUCACGCGCCUCCUACGCCGGCUCCAUCCAUGGCGGCGGCAAUGGGGGCGGCGGCGGGCAGAUGGGCGGUCCCGGCGGCCUGCCCGUGAGCAGCCUGAUGGCCAUGAGCGGCAUGGUGGGCGGCGGGGGACCCGCCAGCAUUGCCUCCAGUGCCAGACGUUCGCGGCCGCGCUCCAGAUCACGCGAUCAGCUGAAUGCCACGCACAUACAUAGCCAUCGACCGGGAAGUCGAUACUCGCAGGCGGGCUCAACGCACACGCUGAACAAUUACUGCGAUACAUCGGAUAAUUGGACCGAUCACGAUAUGGACAUUUAUAUGGCGCGCAAUCCGACAACGCGCAACGGUUUAGUGCCAUUAUGAGGGCGGCUUACGUUAUCCUGAUAUUUCAAUGUUGUAUUAAAUUUGGAUGGCAUUUUCUGACAAUAUCUGACGCCGGCCAUCGAUGGGAAUGGUCGGCGUCAGCAACAGCAGCAGC